GCAAGACAGUCACUGGCAGGGCCUUGUCUUCACUGCCAUUACAUCAAGGUUCUGUGCCAGAACAUCACUUCACCGUGAAGCCCGGGCUGAUGAUCAAACGCUUUGAUUGCUCUCAUUGUAUCCAACGCUGCCCUCAUCACCUCAAUUUCCUUUACUGUUCACAAAGUUGGCAACCGUCACCUCAAUUUCUGUUCCAGAACUUCUGGAACAACCUGCUGAAUUUCGGAUGACACUAUGGCAAACCCAAGGCUUAUACUGACCUCAAGUUGCCUUCUCAUGCGGUCACCCUCUCUCAUCGAUGACCCAGAAUUUGCUAAACUGAUAGGGACCAUUUACAUCUAACAGCUAUUAUACCUUGUGUAGAUGGACCUUGGCCUGCAUUCAGGGUCUCUGGACAUGAUUAGCUGGAUAUCAACAAAUUAUCCUACCACGAUAUCUUCACGGAGUUCGACCAUUAGCAGGCGCAACUGCCACCACGGCACAUCGAACACCCCACUCACUUCCCCGAGGACAAGCCCUCACACAUCGCUGCCAGCAAGCAGGUCAACCGAUCUAUCCAGGCUGCUUACUUCAGGCCUGAAACGCAGCAGCUCCGUAUUGUCCCUAUCCUUGUUCCGAUCGAAGACUCGUGCUGGAAAGGCAAAUGGAGGCAGUAUUAAGGACGCUAAAACAACAUCAAGCUCCUUCCAAACGCAACGGCGACCAUCAAGCCCAAACUCUCCACGACCGAUACCUAAAUUGCGUCCGCCAAUACCCGUGAGGCCGUCUGAAAGACUAUACAACCGAUCAGUACUUGAACUUGGUUCGUACAGCCCAAAGCUUGACAGCCAGGAAGAAAUUGCAGAAUCACCUCCGUGCUAUCGAAAUGUGAAUCGUGCGCCGCAGGUUAAGGUGCAGUCGGUUCAGCGACUUGGCGACCUUGAUCCUGACAAGAGAGGCAACGCGUUUGUCCGCAUUCAACCUGAUGGAUGGCUGAAGGUGAUUCCAAAACAGUGGGUAGAGGAUGAGUUCAGCGUUGACGAGGCAUGCACAGAAGACAGCAGGAGCGUUUACAGCCAGGACAAUGGCAAUAACUAUUCGAAGGUUCAAGAUGAUUUCCUCGAUGACCGCCAUCACUCUACGAGUUUGCUGUGGAAGAAUGGUGUACCUCCCGCAUCAGCCCCCGGCAGUCGAUUUCAGCUUCAUGAAUCAGAAACAAAACUUGUGGCCGAGUGCCCAAUUGUCCCUGCCAGGAGCAAGAGAAGAAAGUUUGGAUCAGGAAUCCUGUCAGAUGGUGAACGCGAUCAACUGGUCCCUGCACCACUCCGUCUGGGGAACCAGAAGGAGAAGUCCACUGCCAAACAUAGGACGGAGCAUGCCUUCCAGCCUGCCAAUGAGACAUUGAACAAGGCUACUUCAAAGAGAUCGUCGUGGACUUCGAUACUCUGUGACAAUCGAAGUGAGACCGACUGCAGCAAUCAAACUCAUGGCGGUUUCGACAUCACUCGACGCGAGAAGCAUGAAGCACUCUUGCUUCCGUGUGACUGGCAUGGUCCAGCAUAUGAAGAGCUGGCAGAUGGUCCUUACCCCAAACAAGACAACCUCAUCGCCGACAUUGAUGAGAUACUUGACCUGUACUUGACAUCCGACCACAAGCCGCACCGCACGAAGGGGAAGAUAUCCAUCGCAAAUCAGCCACGGCAGCAGAGAGCAAUAACAUCCAAGUCCACACUUUCCAUCCUACGAGACCUAGUUCCAGACAAGCAUGGCCCCAUAUUGCCCGUCCAGCCCGCCAUGACCGCCAAUGACCAUGUCGAUCUGUGUCACGGACGUGGGAAUCGCACUGGUCCUUAUCUCGAUCAACACAGAGCACCGCAUCCAAAUGGAGACUAUGUGUCGGCCCAUCCGGGUAGUCGAUACUGCGCUUUGUGCCCGAAACCACGACCGAAGCCACAAGCUACGAAGCACAAGGACAGACCCAAAGGUGUUCCAUGGCUACUACGAGGACGGAAACACUUAAAUACAUACGCACAUGUACACCAACUUCAGCAAGAGGAACACAAGAAUCCUGCAAAUGUGCUCAAAGUCGGAUCGCCUCCGGCUACAGCCACAGCCACCUUUCUUAACGGCAAUGGAGACUCGUGGAUAUGAUCUUGAUCAGUCCGAAUUUUGGUAUGGGCAUAUACGGAUGGAGGGAAAUCCGUAAUCUCCAUGACCGGUUGUGGAUCUAUGCUAUCUGGAUUGACCUUUGCAUAUCGCUGCUGGGAGCGCCAUAUGCACAAGAUUGGACUCAACUCAUCAAAACAUUCACAGGCUGCAUAUAGCACGACAC